AUGACAACAGCAACCGAGGAAGAUAUGGAACGAUUGACCACGGAGGUGGCUACAUUAUCAACACGAUUGGUUGAAGAGGUGGCCAAGUCUCUGGAUUUGGAAGCUCAAGUGUACUCCUUCCAUCGUGAUAUGGUGACCCUUAGACAGCAAGCUGCAGAUUAUCCGGAGUUAAAUCGGAAAUACACUUCAUUAAAUGCUCAAGUAGAUAAACUAAAAGCGGAAAAGGAAGCAGCAGAAGCGGAGAACAAAAGAUUGAACCUUGAGGUUGAAGAGUUAACUGCUAGUUUGUUUGACGAAGCAAAUAAUAUGGUAAACAAUGCCAGUCAAGAGACUCUUAAUUAUAAGAUUAAGAACCAAAAGUUAAAGGAGGAACUACAAGAGAAAUCCACGAUAAUUCAGGAUUUGCAAGAGCAGUUGACCAUUGUUAAGGAAAUGCUUAUGCAACGUGAUGAAGAAGAUAGAAGAAGACCACCUAUAAGUCAUUCCCCAUCACAAAGAAUCAGCCGAAAGUUCGGUAAUAGUGAUCCUUCUCUUCUGUUGGAGUCAGCAACAAUGACUACCAAAGAAUCCGAUAAUUUUGUUGCUACUACUACUGCUACUACGGAUACCACUUCCACUUUAAAAGAUGAAACAUCAGACACGGCUCAGACCACUGAGGACGAUGGUUCCAAUACCCAGCUUGAUUCAGAAGACGAUGAAUUCAGUGACAUUCAUUUAGUGUUAUAUUCUCCAACGAUUAACCAAGUCAGAUUUGAUUUGGAUAAUUUCCUCAUUGAUUUUACCCAAUUUGUUUAUACCAUCACAAGACCUACGUUCACCUAUGACUUGACUAAUUUGAAGCUUCUCAAAUGGUUUAAGAAGGUAUGGACGGAGGAAAUUGAAAAUAGCUUUGCAACCGUUCCAAAUAUCCCAACACUGAAGAUAAUGAUUCGAUUACAACCUGAACGCACGUUUUGGAAUUGUGUUGUUGAGGGUAGAGUGAUUGUGGAGCCAGUUAGUUCUGUGAAUGAGACAUUUAAAUUAUCAUAUCAGUCCCACGGAGGAGCGGCCAAUGGCCAUGGACAUAGCUCAAAGGGAACUUCAGCGCCUCCUCCAGUUGCAACUAAGGAGCCAUGUUCAUUCUGUGGAGAAUCAAGAGAUGAUAUUCUCGAGCAUUGCAGAUUGUAUUGUAUGAAGGUUGAACAAGAUGAUGUUGUAUCUCAAACAGUAUUCUACCCUUUAUGCAAUUAUUGUUUGGUUAAAUUACGGAACGUUUGUGAUUUCUUUGCCAAGGUAAGAAUGAUUAAAAGUAAUAUAUUUAAGUUGAACAUUGAGUAUGCCGAUACCAGAGAUGUGCUUUCUUCUAAGACCGUUAAUGCCGAAGCAUCUUCGUUGAGUCGAUUCAUGCAACUAGCUACUAAUCAAUCUCAUGUCAAGGUUAAAACUAUUAAGGAUAAGAGUAUUGUGAUACGACACUUUGUGAUGUUAGCUUUGGUACGAGUUAAAAUCUUUUGGAGUAAGAUUGGUAUAUGGGAUCUGAAUGUUCCGGAAGUUUCGUUGGACGAACUACAUCGCGAGUUGUUUAUGUAUUUGGUUGACCCGAAAUUUAGAGAAACGCAUUCAAAAGAGAUACGAGCAGCAAGAGAAGCAGCUUUAGCAUCUACGAAUGCAAGUCGUAAAACAUCAACGGAAGAAACACACCUCCAGAACAAUAAUGAAGCCAAAUCUCCAGAUAAGAGAACAACGUCUCAUAAACGGAAAGAGAGUUUACAAAAGUUACAAAAUGAACUUGAUGCUACUGCAGCUAUGUUACAAGAUUUAAAUUUAGAAUCUCCGAUUACAGAGAAUCCUUCAACUAAAAUCGAAGAUCAUCCAAAUGAAUCUAUAAGUGAUGACGAUGAUGAUCAAGAAUUUAAAGAUACGAGUGACGUUGUGGAAGAACACAAAUAG